AUGCUCGGCCAGCCGCUCCUACGCGCACUCCGCGCCUCUGGCUCUCCUCUAUGCACCUCGUCGCCUGCGCGCGUCGCUGCGUUGACCAUCGCCGCCGCUCCAUUCACGCGCACCUUUCCCAUAUCACGACUCUCCCGAUCCAGCCCACGAUGGGUAUCUGAUGUCUCCUCUCGGAGAGUGCCAUCCAGAAUCCGACAACCAGCUUAUCGACCCUCCUCCACGCCCCUCUUUACCCAGAACUUCCCCAGCAAUCGACGAUCAUUUUUCUCUGGCCCACGUUUCCAGUACCAGAAGAAUGACCAAUACAAUCGAUUCGGUGGCUCGGGGCGUCGGCAGACGGUGAUGUUCCGCCUCAUGCAAGAUGCGAAACCGCACCAUUUCGUGAUAAUCGGGCUAGUGCUAUCUGGGCUAUACCUGUACAACACCGAGGAGGUGGAGAUGACGGGCCGGCGACGCUUCAACUGUGUCUCCCACCAGCGGGAACUGACAAUGGGUGACCAGAGCUACCGCGAGGUUCUGAAUGCCGAGCGGGGGAAGGUCUUGCCUGAGAAUCACCCGCUGACGCGCAUGGUGGAUCGCGUGCUGCAGCGGCUGAUUCCAUUGGCGCCCCUUGAGGGUGCGGAUUGGAAGGUCCAUGUCAUCAAGGAUGAUGGAAUGGUCAACGCAUUUGUGCUACCGGGGGGCAAGGUUUUUGUAUACACAGGUAUCUUGCCCAUCUGCCAGAAUGAGGAUGGUCUGGCUGCUGUGUUGGGCCACGAGAUUGCCCAUGUUGUGGCCCACCACCCUGCUGAGCGGAUGAGCAAUAGCUUCUUAACGAUUGGAGCUGCUUUUCUUGUCUCAUUUCUGUUUGACGUUUCGGGACAGCUGCCUUCAAUGCUGCUGAAUCUUGUGUAUAGCCUCCCAAACUCGCGUACGCAGGAGGCUGAAGCAGACAACAUCGGACUCAUGAUGAUGUCCAAGGCUUGCUUCAAUCCCCAAGCUGCGGUGACACUCUGGUCUCGAAUGCAGAAUAUGGAAAAAGCGGCUCCUCCGCAGUUUAUGUCGACUCAUCCAUCGAGCUACAACCGGAUGGAAGCUAUUCAAGGAUGGCUUCUCAAGGCCGAGUCAAUCUACGACGACAGUGGGUGCAAUGCUAUAGGGCGCUUCAUGCCUGGUUUUCGAGACGCGUAUGGCUCGCAAGAGUCCUACGGACGGUAG